ACAAAUAUGAUAACCUUCAUGGUAUUGACAAAGUUAUGCAGAUAAAAGCUUAUUGUACUGGAGUUCCAAGUGCUAAUAUGAAUAUAACAAAUAUGCUAGAAUCUUGGUAUAAACAUCUUAAGUAUAGUAAUUUUGAGGGAAAAGUAAAUAGGCGUAUGGAUACCUUAAUUUAUGAGUUGUAUAUAGUCAUAGAAGGUGAUACUCGAUAG